AGAGAAAAAGAGAAAAAGGCAAAUAAGAGCAAAAAGUGGAGAGAGUUUUGUAUUGAAGGCCACAUAUCACCCCAUUUCUCCAUUAUUAAUAAUAUUAAUACUCAACAAAUAAUAAAAAAAAAACAAUCAACUUCUCUCUGUUUUCCGUUGCACCACCCAGCAACUUUUCCUCCCAUUCCAAAAUCAGUCUGUUUUUCUGUGUAAAUUCAUCCGAUAGAAUCGAAGAAUCUGUAACUUUGUGAUUAAGGGUUUCGUUUCGUUUCUUUUUGUAUAUUGUUUAUCAACAUGUCUUGCUCGUCGUCGUCAGGAUCGGAAGAGGAGGAUGAGGGCAUUGAUUCCUACAGAAAAGGAGGCUACCACGCCGUGAGACUCGGCGAUUCGUUCGCCGGUGGGCUAUACAUCGCCCAGCGAAAACUGGGCUGGGGCCAGUUCUCCACCGUCUGGCUAGCCUACGACACUCGAUCAUCCAGAUAUGUCGCUCUGAAGAUCCAGAAAAGUGCUCCACAAUUCGCCCAAGCUGCUGCCCAUGAAAUUGAGAUCCUUUCAGCCAUUGCUGAGGGUGACCCCUCAAACGCAAAAUUUGUUGUGCGGUUAGUGGACCACUUUAAGCAUGCUGGCCCAAAUGGGCAGCAUCCAUGCAUGGUCCUGGAGUUUCUUGGUGAUAGCUUACUGAGUCUUAUCAAGUAUAAUCGGUACAAAGGCCUUGAAUUGAAUAGAGUAAGGGAGAUAUGCAAAUGCAUUUUGACGGGUCUGGAUUACCUACAUAGGGAGCUUGGACUAAUACACACAGACCUUAAACCUGAAAAUAUCCUUCUAUAUUCCACCAUUAAUCCUACCAAAGAUCCUACUAGGUCUGGGAUGACCCCAAUUCUUGAAAAGCCUGAGGGGAACCCCAAUGGCGUAGCAACCAUAAGUAUUGUUGAAAAAAAAUUAAAGCAAAGGGCACGGAGAGCAGUUGCUAGAAUAUCAGAAAGGCGAGCUUCUAUGGGAGGGUUUGGGGCGCCUCCAAAGCCUGCUAGAUGCUUGGAUGGAAUUGACUUGAGGUGUAAGAUUGUGGAUUUUGGAAAUGCGUGCCGGGCUGAUAAGCCGAUUGCUGAAGAAAUUCAAACGAGACAAUACAGAGCUCCUGAAGUUGUACUUCAGUCUGGUUAUUCUUUUCCUGCAGAUAUGUGGUCAUUUGCUUGCACUGCCUUUGAACUUGCCACGGGUGAGAUGAUGUUUACUCCCAAGAGUGGACAAGGCUUCAGUGAAGAUGAGGAUCACCUUGCUUUGAUGAUGGAGUUCCUCGGAAAGAUGCCUCGGAAGAUCGCCACAAACGGGGCUCGAUCCAAAGAUUACUUUGACAGAUAUGGGGACCUGAAGAGGAUUCGAAGGCUGAAGUACCGACCACUUGAUCGAUUUCUUGUUGAUAAAUUUAACUUUUCUGACACUGAUGCUCAUGAAUUUGCCAAGUUUCUUUGUCCCCUACUUGAUUUUGACCCUGAUAAACGACCUACUGCCCAGCAGUGUCUACAGCAUCAAUGGCUCAAUGUAGAAAAUCAGACCCAGGAGGAGGAAAAGAGCGAAUCCAGUGUUGAAAAGAUGAAUGUUGGAAUGACCAACCUUCAAAUUAAGGUGGGCAAGUGAUUUAGGAAAUAAAGACGUUCUCCACACGUUUGAGUUUUGCUUCCGGUUAACUUUUUCCGAACUUUCCAAAAUCGUCAUAGAAUUUGAUUUGUUGAGUAGCUAAAAGAUGUAACAUGGUAGUAUAUCAUUAGCAUGGGGAAAUGAUAUCAACGUGAAGACGCUGACCAAGAAUCUGAUUAUCGAAGCUCAAAUGCAUACCAUAUUGUACAUAAUAACUAUAUCUAUGCUCAGGUUCUCAGGGUACUUGCUUUUUUGAUGUUGACAUCAAUCUAGCAGUUCUUUUGGCCUGAAGAACCGAUUGCCUGCUCUUUUGGGACCAUUUGAGAAAAAGAUUCUCAACAUUUGAUAUGGUCACAGAAUUGGAAACUCUUGUAUGGGGAAAAACAAGGAUGGAUGAUCUGAAAGCUGCUUUUUCAAGACCUUAUCUGUUAUUAUUAUGAAGAAUUCAGUCUUUCUACUAGAAGAUAAGGUUUCUGUGUUGUCCCUCUUGAGUGGUCAGCUUCAGCUGCGACAGCUAAUGGAACGUCAUAUUUUGCUGUAGGGUUCCCAAUUAUUCUGAUUCAUUUUGGUGUUUCCUAAAAUUUAUAAUGCUAAGAAUUAUAUUAUAUUUGGAAUUUUCGACUCCAGAUUUUCCUACUUGGUAUUUUUUUUCCUUUUUCUUUUUAACUUUCUGUGUUGCCCAUAUAAAAGUUCAAAUUGAUUGUAAGUUUUGAUGCUUGUAAAUCGUAAACAUCAAAUUUUGCUGGCAAUGUGGUAGCCUGAGCCACCGUUGAAAUAAAAUUCCCUUGAAUACCAACAAA